GCAUGAAGAAACUGCGUCUCUUGUCUCUCUACCUACGUCUGUCUACUCAGGCUAUCUUUGUCCGUUUCUUCUUUUCGCUGGGCAUGUAUGUCUUGACGAACCAGUGCUCUUGCCUUUUGGUCGCCAGAGUGCUUAAUGGACUUGGGGCGGCGGGAAGUUCAGAUGGACGGGUAUAUCGUCAACGCAACUACGAUUGGCCCCCAUCUUCCGCACGCCGGGACGUUUUUCUUCUCAAUCAAGCAAAGCCAUGCAAUGCAAAUCAUGGCAAGGACACGGCUCGGACUCUGCGGGGCCAAAAUAAAACGCCAAAACCAAUUGACAGUGCUUGUUUUUGUCUCGCUCCCCCAGUCCCCGCUCGCAGUGCCUCGCCUAAACAAAACUGUCCAAAAAAAAGGUGAGCGGUCCCUCUCUUUGUGUGGUUGGACUAUCCGGCUGUCUCUCCGUGACGCUUGAGCGGAUGAGGCUUAAGCAAUAACUCGUUGCCCUGGCCUUAUCAUCGCCCAUCGAACUUUUGCUCGUCGUAUUCGCUGGGGGUGCUUGGAAAAGUCCCCCCCCCCCCUUUUACCAGGCCAGGCCAGGCCAGGCCUACCUGCCGGCCGCCCGCGUCUGCGGACUGGCUUCGAGGUUUCAAUAGUCUCCCGGGCUUUUUGUGAUUUCCGAAGAGCUGCAGGCAUCCCAUCGACUGCUCUGGGGAGAGAGCCUGGGCCUGGAUGUGUGUGCAUACGUGCACGCGGGGGGCGCGCGCGUGGGCGAUACUGGGCAUGGCCGCUCUGCCUCCCAUGGUGAUGGUGAUGAGGUACUGGCUGCUUUCCCCCUUCGCGCGCGCCUGGACCAGUCACUGCAGUAGGCGAGAGAAGAAUGA